UGAAAUUAGGCAUAUUCACUUCAAUAAUUGACCGGAACAGCUUGCACGUAUACCAUCAACAUUGAGGCUAAACUUUGCUUUUGACCUAAACCUGGAAGGCUGCGAGGAUGUCGUGCUGUAUGUGCUUCGCCUGCCCGGAGCAAGAGACUGUGGCUAUUGUUGAAACUUGCGGAAAAUUCAGCCACAUCGCUCACCCCGGUUGCAACUUUAUCUGCUGCUGCUGCGGAUCUAUGAUAUCAGGCUCGCUGAGCCUGCGUGUUCAGCAGCUGGAUGUCCGAUGCGAGACAAAGACAAAGGAUAACGUCUUCGUGAACAUGGUGAUCAGCGUCCAGUAUCAGGUCAAGAGAGAUGCGGUCUUCGAGGCCUACUACAAGCUCACCGAUUCCAGAUCCCAGAUUUCAUCGUACGUCUUUGACGAGGUCCGCGCCGCGGUGCCGAAGCUCAACCUGGACGACGCGUACGAGAUGAAGGACGAGAUUGCCAAGUCCAUUAAGGAUGCUCUGUCAAAGUCAAUGGAGAACUAUGGCUACACUAUCCUGCACGUGCUGGUCAACGACAUUGAGCCGGCCCACAAGGUGAAGGAGGCCAUGAACGAAAUCAACGCGGCGCGCCGCCUGCGUGUGGCCGCAGCGGAGAAGGCAGAGGCCGAGAAGUUAUCGGUGGUCAAGGCUGCUGAGGCCGAGGCGGAGGCCAAGUACCUGCAGGGCCAGGGUAUCGCCAGGCAACGCCAGGCCAUCAUUGGUGGUCUGCGGGACUCGGUGGCUGCUUUCCAGACCGGUGUCACCGACAUCUCGUCCAAGGAGGUACUGCAGCUGAUGCUUGUCACGCAGUACUUUGACAUGCUCCGGGACCUGGGAUCCAACAAGCAAGCUUCCACCGUGUUCCUCAACCACUCGCCGGGCGGCAUUGCUGAUGUCGCGUCACAGAUCCGCAACAGCAUCCUGGAGGCGAACGCGGCCACCCGCAAGUAAAACACGAUGACAAGGGAGGGUAGCAGCACCGGUAGUGACACUAUUUCCAAUUAGUCAAUAGGACUGCACAGCCAAAGCCGAGGUGAGGACCGUACAACUCGUCCUGGCAUGCAUACAUUUUUGUUUUUUUUUGGAAUGUCAUGGCUCGUGUCAGGUUUCUCGUAUUCGCAGUCCGUUUCAACUUCUGGAUACUGAAGAGAACCAACGACGUACUUUUACGGGAGGUUACAUGGCAGCGAAGGCCUGGGUGGAGGGCGAUGUGGAGGAUGUGAGGGCCGCGACUGUGUGUUUUCCGUGUGCUUGCUGGCUGGUAACGUCAGACAGCGCGACUCCAAUACUUAGUACACUAUGCGGGCGUCAUAACUUUUUGCACUUUACUGUUUUCCGUACUCGACGUGCGGCGCACUCACGCCCGUUCGUCAAUGAGGCAUCCGACCGAACUAAAACCUGUGCAAGGUUUUUGCGAAAGCUGGCGCUUGCCAAUGGUACUGAAUCGUGCGAUUUGUUGGUGGACUCGUCUUAAAUGUCACUAGACGGCAUUAUGUGACGUGGAGAAGGCCGCUUACGUUGUGCGUGUAAAAUGAACGUCGUUUGCGUGCUUUCUCAUUCUAAGGCUUCGUACAAAUCUAUAAGUGUUUGAUAUCUUCAAGGCCGUGUGUGCAUUUGUAUAUAGUUCAUGUCAUUUGUGCGUCCUCGGUUGCAUGUGUAGUAGAUAGCAGUAGACCGUGGCGUUGAACUGCGGGUUUUGCCUCCGGCGGGCUUUCCGCCUACCCGCUCUCCGCGCACAGGCAGAUGCGUGGUGAUUAUGAACUUAAGCCGCUGGUGAUUUCGGCGUCGGCGGUGUUGCAAUGCAUUUCACUGCGUAUAAUUACCCCCGCGCAUCCUGGAGAUGGCAAAUGAAAUCUUAAAGCCGCAA